CACACACACACCAUACACUCCACCCCGUCCGCUUCUCUGCCACGCCGCUCUACCACCACCCCCUCCGCAGUCCUCAAGCUGCGCUCUCGCAAUACCUGAGCCGCAAGCUUCGUUUUGAUACCAAUCUCGACCCCCUUUACGCCGUCGUGCACUCGCUGCUCUCUUUGCGACUUGUCUGCCGACCGGCCACCUUGCCUUCGCACGUCUGCACACUGGCCCUAAGCACACAUAAAGAGCCUGAAUCCAUCAAAUUCUGACCUCUGAUGUGCUUGGGCAGUCUGUCGUCGCGUCGUUUUAUCCUACAGAGCCUGUCGGACCGUCCAGCUUUGCCUUCAAGUUCUUCGCGGACGCCUUGGGCACGUCCACUUCCGGCGACAGCCCAUCGAAACGAGUUGACAUAAGUCGCCAGCCAUCCAGCAACCGAUCCGUUUCGUUGUUGCGAGAUCCUUGGCAUCUGGCGACAGCUUGGUUGAGGUCGCCGUCAUGCGAGCCAGACAUCGGCGCUCCUGAAACCACCCACAUCACACUUCGACACGCACGCAUCCAACUCUCGUAUCGCGCGCCGACACGCUUCCUACGGCGGCUCGGAUUAUGACCGAGCUCGCUCCCUUCAACACGCAUGCUGACUUGCAGCUCGCCUCCUCAGCACCCGCCUCCGCAUUCGCGCCCUCCACAACACAUCCUCGCGUCAACGGUUUCUCAGCCCCUGGCGACGACGUGCCAGAGGACGACUCCAUCAUCAGAUGUUUCUGCGAUAUCAAUGAAGAUGACGGGAGCACCGUCCUGUGCGAAAUUUGCAACACCUGGUCGCACAUUAUGUGCUAUUACCCCGAUGAGAUCAUCCCAGAUACACACGUUUGCGUCUUCUGCGAACCCCGACCGUACGACAAAAAGGCAGCACUAGAGCGUCAGCAACACGCAAAACUCGUCGUUUCGCCCGCUGAACGCAAGAUCAAAAAGGUGGCCUCGAAGAGCCACAAGAAAAAAGUCAAGGAUGCCAACAGCACUCCCGGCCAGACAAACGGCUGGCUCAGCGGUGCCGAUGGACCGGAUCGUGCGUCGGGUAGUCCUCGAGACCAGGGACCGCCGGCGAAAAGGCCAAAGACUACACACAGAAGUAGCGCGUCAAUAUCCAACCUUGCGUCAGGACACUCCCGGAAACGAGCUGGAUCUACGACGAUGAAUGGCCAAAGUCCUACCAAGUCGCCUCGGUCGAACUCGCCAGAAGGCUACUCCGGCGACUACUACUCACCAGAGUUCAUGCGAGCCAGCAAUGCGACUUUCCAGACGAUCGAGUACAAUUCUUAUGCAGAUCUGAAUAUCCCUAACGAUCUGCGCACCUGGCUCAAUGAUACGGACGCCCUCAAGGAGAUUAGUCCCAACUUGACGCAGAAGGAUGUCUUCACGAGGUGGGAUCGCAACAUUGAGGCGCUGAAACAGACCUCGCCUGGCGUGAGCUCAUGUAAGCGCGAAGAUCCGAGCAUUGUCAUCAAUGGCCUACGUCCUGUCUACAGAUGGGUCACAGCGAAUGCAGCGUGCAGUGAAAACGCAUACAUCGGUGAGCUUAACGGCACUAUAGGUCGACUGGAGUCGUACAUUGCCAAUCCGGAGAAUCGCUGGAAAGAGCUCAGACAUCCUGAACCCUUCGUUUUCUUUCACGAUCGACUGCCUGUGUACGUUGACUGUCGCGAAGAGGGAAGUGUGCUGCGACAUGUAGGCCGCAGUUGCAAUCCCAACGUCAAGUUACAAAUUAUCAUUAACGGUACGGAUUUCCACUUCUGUUUCAUCUCAUUGCGAGAGAUCGCCGAGGGAGAAGAACUUACGGUACCCUGGCACAUUCGUGAUCGAGAGUUGGAAAUCAUCCGCGCUGUCAAUGACGGGGGUGCACUGAGUCCAGAGGAUGAGGCCCACAUGUCAUCGUGGUUUACCAACGUCCUGGCGAACUUCGGCGGGUGCGCAUGCUCUCGCUUAGGUCCCGGUGUAUCAUGCAAUCUAGCCAGAUUUGAUCUGCGCAACAGGGAGCGCCCAUUCAACUCGCUUGGCACUGGAUCCAAGGCGUCGAAGGCGCGAAAACUCAAGCGACUACCUGCGCAGAUCUCCCCUGGCAGCACUGGCCGUGCAACCAACAGCCGAGCAGGAAGCGAGGCAGUUCUUCAUGGCGACAAUGAUGAGGAUAUGGCGGAUAGCCGGUCCAUGUCCGUCAAGUCAAGGAGUCAGCCGAGCAGUCGCGAUAACACACCGAUGACCACUGACGCUACCGUUGGUCUUGGCGUCGCCAUGUCUGAUCGUGAACGGCGGAAAUUGUUGCAGCAGGAAAAGCUUUUCGAGAAGAUGGAAUUGGAUGGAGGCUCUGGGCGGAAACCAAAAAGGACCAGCGGGGGCCCGCAAGCCAACACGCCCAACCCGUCCAACUCGAAACAGCUCGGUCCUCCGGAUAACCCGUCACCUACAAUGACAUCUGCGGCAUCUGGAACGAGUCGACCACCACGUACGAAUGGCACUUCUUCGAGGGUAGUGAAUGGUGUAUCAAAAGCCACGCGGAGACCGAAGCCGGAAAUGAUUUCCAUGCCAACACAGACGGAGGGUGAUUAUCCUGCCUCUAGUCCAUCGCCAAGACGUAGGAAUACAGGCAGCCAUAUCAGCUGUCUACUGCGCCGAGUGCAGUUAGAGUCGAAAAGGCGUAGGGAACGGAGCAUCGUUGUGAUGGGCGAAACAGAUGCCUUAACCACAGCUACCAAGACGGAAGCUUCGCCAAUCCCUUCAUCCACAGCGAUGCUACCGCCCCCGGUUCCUGUUUCGUCCGAAGCCCCAAAAACGGAACCUUUUGUGGAGGAAAGGAUGGAUGUUGACAUGCAGGACGCCCCGUCAGAAGCUGAUGAACAGUCCAAGGGCCAGGAGCCACCUCCAGAUUCUGAACCGCAGAAAAUGGAUGGAAUAGUCGCUGAGAAGAUGGACAGCACGCCCGCAGAGAGAGAAGAUCCCAUACCAGCAGAGCAGAUAGAGAGCAUGUCUACAGGGCAGACAGACAGCGCAACUGUUGAGAAGUCUGAUAGCGCAUCAUCAGCAAAAGAGGAUAGUGCUGUUGCAAGCGUGCAGCCCUCCUCAGGCACACCAAUUCAACCACCUGCGCCACCAUGGGAGGAAAUUCAGAAGGCAAGCUCGGAUCCUGAAAUGCCUCCUGUCAGUCGUCCGACGCAUGUCCCAAUACCACCGGUUCCAUCGUUUCCCUCCACAACGGAUCCUGCGCGCCAAGCACCAAACUCUUCUACAGCCUCCACACCUGCAGAUGGCGAGCCUCAAAGCGUGACUGCUACGAGCUUUGUGCAGUCACCAUCCUCCAUUCCUCUCGCCAAUCCAAUGCCUGCUCUUCCCUCACCUUCCACAUCAAGUUCAGUCGUGCAACCCAGUCCGGCCAAGAAGAAGAUGAGCCUUGGCGAUUGGAUGAAGAAAAGAGCGCAAAAAGAGAAAGACGCCAAGGCGGAGGCGGAGAGCAGCGCUGGCCCUACUAACAACGUCGAUACCACCGACGAGAUCAAGUCCGAUCCUAUUGAGGCGCACGGAGAGACGGCAGAGCCGAGGAAAGAUGAUGACGCAGAUCUUCCUGCUGACGAUGUGGACAUGCCAAUGGCGCCGCCUUCUUUGGUGGUUGCUGCUACUGCAACCAUUCCUUCAGCGGCAAGCGACGAACCGAGGCCUGAUAACAAGGAGAACGCCGAGCAGUUGAGGCAAGCCGAUAGUGUAGAGACAACUUCUGCACCCGAAACCACCGGUGCGAACAGCACCGUCUCUUCUUCUACGUGACGGAAUUUCGCAUGGCGUCUGGGGUAUCGCCUUUUUCCUUUGAUUUGGCUGCACAUGCGAUCAUGCAAGCGCUAAAAGCAGAAUUAUGACGACAACCUGGAGUCGCAGCGAUAUAUAACACGCGCACAUACACACGCACCGCCCCUUCUAUGCUACUUCAUAUCUUUGUGGGUAGCAAUUCUGUACAUCAAGCUGACUUCAACCGCCACUUGGCAGUCGCUGUCAGCAUGACUAGUUCUUCUGAGCCUUUUUAUGCUUGUGUCGUCUAGAGAGAUCGUCGUAACACGAGUAAGAAAAGCGGAAAGGCAAUUCCUCUAUGUUUUGAUAAGUACGACUCCUAUUCUGUCUCUGCGUGUGGAGAUAUAAUGGGAACAGCGUGUUUGGAGAAGACGGUGGGAUCGUAACAUAAAAAGACUCUUCAUGGUGAGAGUUGUGUAUCAUAUAUGUUUGAUGGUUUACUUCUUGAAAUGCAGAAAGCCUCAUGAACA